UUAAUUUUAGUUCACUUUUCGUUUUGUCCGAGGUAUUGUCAGCAGCAUUAAACAAGAUUGCUUUCGCAAUCUCGCCGCUACGCCGCGCACCGUUUUUCUAUCGUGCUCCCGCGGACCGCUACGGGACUUUCGCAAAAUCGAUGUAAUUUUAUUGUGAAUACACCCUGUAUAAAAUGUCAUUCACAUCUCGUCGACCUUCAAAGUUACGGCGCAUGCAAGACUUCGGAAUUAUGACGAGCUACACUGUAGACCAACACGAAGACGCGAGGUAGACGAUGGACGGUCUGAAGCAACAGGCGGCAUGAUAUCGCUAUUCUUGAGCUUAUCCUUGACGCUUAUCUCCGUGCUAGGGCUAGCGGUGAACGGUUACAUCUUCGUGGUUGUGUUGAUAACCAAGCAGUUCGCCAAUGCCAGCAACAUCCUCCUCCUCCAUCUGGGCUCGGUCAACAUUCUGCUAGGAGUCCUGUCCCUAUCGUUCUCGGUGCCGGGGAUAAAGGGCAUAGAAUGGCCGACGAGCGGGGCCGCUUGCACCCUCUACGGGUUCUUUUUCACCUUAUUUCACCCGCUGGCCCUUUGGACAGUCUGCGGACUCAACUGCGAUAGGUAUUACGUCAUAGCCGCGCCGCUUCAUUACUCACAUAUCGUCAGCUCUAAGAAGGUGAUCAUCGGUUUGGCAAUUGGCUGGACGAUUUCUCUCGUUCUCUGCAUUCCUCCCCUUUUUACGGUCGCUCCGUACAGUUACAUUCCGGGAUUGGGCGCGUGCGCCCCUGAUUUUUCCGUGGGCGACGGCACCGUGUGGUACGCCGCUGCCUUCACAGCGCUCAGUCUACUGCUGCCAGCGACCGUCAUCGUGUGCUGUAACCUGAAGAUACUCAUGAUAGCGAGGUACCACCGUCACCGGAUCGCGUCCGCCAUCUACGAGGUGACCCUCUCGGCACAGGUGACCAUCACGCACCAGAGGAACCCGUUCUUCGUACCCACUGUAACGGCACCGUCGUCUGGUGGGCCACGUUUCAAAGGUCGAAGCGCCAUUUGCUCGGUUUUCGAACUGGUCGGCUCGUUCUUGGUCCUCUACGUACCGUACUACGUGGCGCUUCUGUUGGAGGCGGCCAUUAACUCCCUGGACGGUAGCAGAACGGCCGCCCUCGUCCAAGAAAACACCCUGAGCCACUUUUACAACCUGGUGACGGCUUUGCUCGCGUGCACGCUGCCAGUGAACGGUAACCUCGUCGGAGACGACGUCCACUUUCGCCUCACGCCUUCCACCGUAGGUUUCCUGUACGGUCUGAGGAGUAAAGCGCUGAGGAAAACGUUCCAGAACUAUUGGCGGAAGAAACAGACGAAGAACGAGGUGAACCACGAGAUCCAGGCGAGGACGCCCAGCACCUGCGGCUCCAGGAGGCCGUCCCUCACCCCGCUGGGGUUCUUCGCGAAACCCGUGCUCCAGCGGAGGCUUUCCGAGACCCUGUUCGACGCCAGCAAAUCGCUGAAGAGCCCGCACCGAACCAAAAUCAAAAGGAUAGCGUCGGAGUUGACGUGGCCUUCUUCGUCGGCAAACAGCCUGAAUUUGUCGCCGAAGGAGGAAGGCAAAACGCUUAAACAGACGACGAGUUGCAACACGCUGCAGGUGCCAGAGGGCGGGCCAGUCGAAGAAGAGGCGUGCUUUAAGGAGCGCUACCGACGAGAGCAAAGUGGGGCGGGCCUGUUGCUCCAAAAGCUCUUCCGAUUGGAGCAGGAGAAGCUGUCGAGGAAGGCGGUCCAGCACGUAUCGGAAGGAACACCCGAGAGAUCGCCCAGGAUACUCAUCACUCGCGCGUUUUCUGAGGAAAGUGACAAAGACGCGAUUUCGCGUGACGUCACGAAGACGCGCUCGGGAUCCAGCGCUUCUCUGCUGGAGAAAAAGUGGAAACGGAUCCGUUACGGCGACGAAGACACUGACGGCGACGGUCCCAAGUCCUGCGGCGCCGCCAAACCGCUGCUGGAUAGCGGGACUACGAGCAAUCGUUCGUCCGAAUCGUCCGAAAUAUCGGACACGUCUAGCGGACACGUGCUGAUAUCAAUCGACGACAAUAAUACGCCAUCGACGUUUCAGGUGGAGAACUGCGACGACUCCAACGAAGACAGGGCAUUGCUCGCGUGGAUCGCACGAAAGAAAUUCGCGAGACCCGAGGACGCUAGACGACCUUUCAAACAAACUUUGGUCGGCUCGCGCGAGAUGGCGCUCUAACGCGCCGUCGUUCAUCCACGGGACGCGGCAGCUUCGAUGUGAUUUUUAUUGUGAUAAGGACCCAAGAAUAUGUGCUGGUAGAGAGUUAUUUGUUUUUUCGAAUCAACGGCCGCUUAGGGCAUUUCCACGGCGUAUGUUUAAAAUUAGAUAAAAAUGCAAGGUUGACGAUCAUAUAUACUGUACUCAAAGAAACAUUCCAUUAUGGGUCACGUAUGGAAACAUUCGAUAAGUGACAACGACAAUUUCAAAGUCGCGUCAAUUUUUUUGUUCGUUUCAGCUUACAAAACGGAACGCAAACCAUGACGCGUGGGAGUGAUGGUCGGUUUUGUAGAUUAGAACACGUACGUGUUCUCCCGCUCUCUUUUCGUGCAUAUUACCCAACUUGUUACAGGGUAGCCAUAUAAAACAAUCGUACUACACCUAGGUUCGAGCAAAGGCAUUCACAUAUCCCUCGUUAACAAAUAAUAGGGGAAGCCGGGGCAUCAUGAGCGCCCUAAGAAAAUGAGGUAACACUCACGGGGUAAAAUGAUCACGACAUAAUGAACGUAGUCUUUGAAAGACGUUUCAUUCAAUUCUGGCACUGUUCACAUCUAUAUUUACGAGGUGUGUUCAAAAAGUACGACAUUUAAGUUUUGGUCAGUUGAACUAGCAACGAUGAGUGAGCAACGGUGCAUAACUUAAAGGUAAUAAUCUUUAAUGACUGUACGACCUUGUGGUAAGAACUCUUGAAGCACUAUCCCACGAUAAUUGAUGAAAACAGUAAGCAAAAUCUUGAUAUUUGAUCGCACUUGACGUGUUUUUUUCGGUCUUGGCGAUUCUGGGUUCUUCCAUUGGAACGACACUGGGUUUCGAUGUCAUAACCAUAUACCCAUGACGUCGCUCCGAAAAACUUUUCACGUAGCGAGAGAGCAGAGUUGCCAGACUUCGUUGAAUAUUCUACAAAUUCGGGGAAAUGUUCAUUUUGCCCAGGCUUCCCUUAAUUACAAGAAAUAUAACCACGCAGUAUUAUUAUGGAUAACGGACGUUGUCUGACGACGAGCAAAACAAAACGUUCAGAAAUAUUUUUCGACAAAACGAUUUUACUCCGAAAACGUUAUAAUAGGAACGGUUAGUGUCCUCGUUGUAUAGAAAAUUCUAUGUGCGUUCAAAUGACGUGUCAAAUUGUAAUUUUGUUAAUAAAUGUUUAAAAAAAAUA